AUGGAUCGUCCGCUACAGAACCACCUUACCACUUCACCAACCUCUAACCGAUCAUCUUCAGCAUCCACAAAUUCAUUGACUCUCCCCUCACCAUCAUCUUCCACCCCAGCCAACGGCGGCAACGAUGGCUGUUCCACUCCACCAACAAACGAGUUCUACCUCCGUGCCACCACACCUCAAUUGAUAUCCCAAGGCCAAUACGCCGUCAUAAGCCCCGCAGGUGCCAUAGUCUUCACCGCCGCCUCCCCCAACGACGCCGCCAAAUUCUCCCUCUCCACGACUAACCACCUAAUCCACGCCUCCAAAUACGCCCAAAUCGUCCCAGGCACAACCUCCCAAGUCCAAUUCGUCUCCUCCGCCUGCGACCUCUCCAAACGCUCCCUCCUCGAAUCGAGACAAGCCGCUCCAGAACCACUCACAUGCAUCGUCACCGCCGCUGACGGCACUGGCGCCCCCUCAUCCAAUGCGGCGCGGACGCCGCCCUGCUCCAACAAGCCUGCGGAACAGGCUUCUACCUCGGCCCCGCACCAGCAGAAUGCCAACCCCUCGUCCUGGCCGCCAUCCCCCCGGACUCACCCUCCGCUACCACCAACACCCCCACCCGCGCAAACGGCGCCCCUUCCCAAAUCAAACCCCGAUUUCGCCAGCCAACCAGACACCGUGCAGUUCUAUGGCGGGUACGCUUCCCUCCCCAACAGCGGCGGCCUCACUGGCUUCGCGUUCUCGAUCUUCUACCACGGCGCGCCGCUGUCUUUAGACGCGGACGGCCAUCUCGUCGGUGUUGGGCCCGCGCCCCAGGGUGUGGCUGGCAAUGUCGCCUACGCAGCCACGUUCCAGAUCGGCAGCACGUUUGGCCCCAUUGCGAUGAUGUAUGGGGAGAUUAUGGCAGGGUAUGCGCCGAUUGUUUGUAGGAUACCGCCCGGGUUCGAUGCGGGUGAUGGGCCGGUUUAUUCCCUGCAGUGUACGGAUGGCGCGUUGGGGACGCUGAUGACGUUGCAGAAGUGUGGGAGUGGGAAUUUGUUUUAUUUGGGGGAUAGAGUCCAUACGGAGGAUGGGUGUGUGGCGGCGUUUUUUAGGGUUUAUUAUACGGGGAAUUGA